GCUUCGGCCAGACGGGAGGAAGUGCGCGAGGUCUGGGUUCCAGCUCACGGCAGCUCGCGGGUGCGGCAGCCAGGUGAACCCGCGAUGCUGCUGCGCUGGAGGCCGGGACUGCUGCUGCUGCUGCUCCUGGGGCAGCUCGGUCUCCUCUGCCGGGGCGCCCUGGCGGCACAGGGGCUAGCCGAGGACACCGUGGAGCUAGACUUCUUCACCAAGCGGCCGGUACACCUGGUGAGCCCUGCCUUCCUGUCCUUCACCAUAGACGCCAACCUGGUCACGGACCCGCGGUUCCUCACCUUCCUGGGUUCUCCAAAGCUUCGCACUUUGGCCAGAGGCUUGUCUCCUGCAUACCUGAGAUUCGGUGGCACCAAGACGGACUUCCUAAUUUUUGACCCAAAGAAGGAACCAACCUUUGAAGAGAGAAGUUUCUGGCAGUCUCAAGUCAAUCAGGAUAUUUGCAAAUCUGGAUCCAUCCCCUCUGAUGUGGAGAAGAGGUUACGGUUGGAAUGGCCCUUCCAGGAGCAACUGCUGCUCAGAGAACAGUAUCAGAAAAAGUUCAAGAACAGCACCUACUCAAGAAGCUCAGUGGAUAUGCUGUAUACUUUUGCCAAUUGCUCAGGAUUGGACCUGAUCUUUGGCCUAAAUGCAUUAUUAAGAACAGCAGAUUUGCACUGGAACAAUUCUAAUGCCCAGUUGCUGCUGGACUACUGUUCUUCCAAGAGUUAUAACAUUUCUUGGGAACUAGGCAAUGAACCUAACAGUUUUCUAAAGAAGUCUGGUAUUUACAUUGAUGGAUUCCAGUUAGGAGAAGAUUUUAUUGAGUUGCAUAAACUUCUAGGAAAGUCCACUUUCAAAAAUGCAAAACUCUAUGGUCCUGAUAUUGGUCAGCCUCGAGGAAAGACUGUUAAGAUGCUGAGGAGUUUCCUGAAAGCUGGGGGAGAAGUGAUUGAUUCGGUUACAUGGCAUCACUACUAUUUGAAUGGACGAAUUGCUACCAAAGAAGAUUUUCUAAACCCUGAUGUACUGGACACUUUUAUUUUAUCUGCGCAGAAAAUUUUCCAGGUUGUUGAGGAAACCAGACCUGGCAAGAAGGUUUGGUUAGGAGAAACAAGCUCCGCAUAUGGCGGGGGAGCGCCCUUGCUGUCCAACACUUUUGCAGCUGGCUUUAUGUGGCUGGAUAAAUUGGGCCUGUCAGCCAGAAUGGGCAUUGAAGUGGUGAUGAGGCAAGUGUUCUUCGGAGCUGGAAACUACCACUUGGUGGACGAAAACUUCAACCCUUUACCUGAUUAUUGGCUAUCUCUUCUGUUCAAGAAACUGGUGGGCACCAAUGUGUUAAUGGCAAGUGUGAAAGGUCCAGACAGAAACAAACUUCGAGUAUACCUUCAUUGCACAAACAUCAAUCACCCAAGGUAUAAAGAAGGAGAUUUAACUCUGUAUGCCUUAAAUCUACAUAAUGUCACCAUGAGCUUACAGUUACCAUAUCAUUUAUUUGACAAACAAGUGGAUAAAUACCUCGUAAAACCUUCAGGUCCUGAUGGAUUACUUUCCAAAUCUGUUCAACUCAAUGGUCAAAUUCUGAAGAUGGUGGAUGAUGAAACCCUGCCAGCUUUGAUGGAAAAACCCCUCCGCCCAGGAAGUUCGCUGGGUUUGCCAGCUUUUUCAUAUGGGUUUUUUGUGAUAAGAAAUGCCAAAGUUGCUGCUUGCAUCUGAAAAUGAAAGGCGCUAACACUAGCCCUGAGAUGAAAGUUUUCAAGCUUAUUGACACGAGUACCUAAAGCAAAACUCAAGCUCUAGGAAGGCAAGAAGAUACAUUACAAAUCAACUUGUGGGAGCUUCAGAAACAUUGGGACAUUCUCAGUGCCAAAUUUAGUACAGUUUUUUGGUCUCUCUCUAAGUAGACUACUGCUAAUAAUAAUAGCUAAUAAUCCCUUGUGCCAAACACUAUGCUUAGCACUGUGCAUGCACCAUUUUUAUGUAAGUUAUUAAAAAUAUGUAUGAACGCUCCCAGUAUGGCCAGGAGGCAGAUAAGUGAAGGAUAUAUUAUUAGAUUUAAGAAAGUGCUUAGUCGUUUUUAUUUUUGAAAACAGUUGUUAGAAGGUUGUUGCAUUCUUUCCUGCAUACGUUGUCUCUUUGGGAUCCCGCUGGAAAAAGUUUAUUGCCACAAUCUUCAAAAUGGUUAUGAAAGUGGGACUAUCUCUUUGCACCUAGACAGAGAGCUAGAAUUGAGCUGCUGCUUCUCUUCUCUGUUCCGUUUGUCUUUGUCAGCAAUAGUAAGUGAGAGGACAGAUGGUUAGAUGCAAGAGUAUAAAAAAUGAUUAAUGAAAAUUCAGAAGAAAGGGAUUAUGUAAACUUCAAAUGAAAUAAAAAAAAGAAGACUGUAAACGAAAUGGGUUUACCAAUAGGAGGAAAUUGAUAAAACAUUCAAUGUAAACCAUCUACCAACGUUUACUUUAAAUCUACCUUUGAUUCUCAUUUUAGUUGGGAAGCAUUUGGCUGUAAGUAAUAGAAAACCCUAAUCUGAAAUGGCUUAAAUAAUGAGGACAUUUAUAAUUCCACAUAACCAAAAGUUCAAGUAGAGUGGGCUUCAGUAGGUCAGUAUGCCUCAAAAGACCCAAGUUCCUUCCAUCCCUCUGCUAUGCCAUCUUUAGAGUUGGCUUCAUUCUCGGGCUGGUAGUAUGAUGGCAGCUAUAGCUGUUCCAAGGACCAGUUCACACUUGGCGGCAGCUAGAGGAAGAAGAUGGACAAUUUUUUCUGGGUCUCCUUCAUAGACUUGAAGAAGCCUUUUUCAGAGGCUUUCCCAUAUCUUCUCAUGUCUUAUUGGUCAGGAAUGAGUUGCAUGGACACCCCUCUCCCCACCCCCCCCAAUUAUUGAGAUUCCUAUAAUUGUCUCAGAGUCAUCCUUUGGAGAAGUGUGGAUGAUGUUGGUCAUCUACAGCGCUGACCACUACAUUUCUGUGCUUUUUAUCGGUGAUAGAAUGUAUUAUUUUCCCCUUUAUCGUAAUUUUUAGAAAUAUAGUCCUCUUUUUAUAUUUAUGCUUGCUAUGAAUAUUGUCUCAAUUAAAUUUAAGUAUAUUUAUAAGGAGCUAAAGUUGGAACUUAUAGUUUGGAUGCUUCGAUACCCUUAUAUUUUAUGUGUAAGUGGUUUUAUAUUUUCACAUUUGAAAUAAAGUAACUUUAGAUUGCAUGAUUAUUCUUUUAAUAAAACUUAAGCCUCCAGAUUCCUACAUUUGGAGGCCUUGUUUUCCUUCA